UGCAAGUGAAUUGGAUUUAAGCGAGGGAGGGCUGUGCAAGGUCAUCUGCCUAACUUUUCCCUCCAGUCAUCUGGGUUCAGGUUAUAGAUAGAGGUCAGGAUCACUGGAGAUGACCCUGAAGCCGUAGGAGACCCUGACCUUUUUAAAGUUAAUGUCUUUGACAAGUCUUAAUUUAACCCAUUCAGUGAUACUGAUUAUUUAUCAGAUCUUAGGUAAAGAACUUACUUUCUCUAUAUCUCACUUUCCCACUCUGUGAAAUAAAGGAAUUGGGCUAGAUAAGCUUUGAAUUCCGGAUAUAGUGUGGGAUGAUCCGAAACCCACGUUGACUGGAGGGCUAGUUAAUAAUCUCCAGCCCUAAUGGCAGAUUGGGACUAGUGGGAGGGUCUGAGUAGUAGAAAUUGUACUUUUGUGAUUGUUUCUUGAAGAAUAGAAAGAACUGUAAGGGAGGAAUAGAGGAACAGUGAGUGGCCCCUUGGGAGAGGCUGUCUCACUAGGUGAGCUGACUGUGGACCUGUGACAGAGACCCGUGUCGUUGGUGACUCUUGGACAGCUUUGUAUUCUUGGGCCCUACUCCAGGAACCCUCCUAUUGUGGGAAUUGUGGAAGAGAACAGGAGAACCACAAUGGACUCCUCCUGGGAAAGUACGUGCCGGCCGGGCGGCCUGGCGGCGGAGAGCUGAAGUGGGCACCUCGACCGUGCCCCCUCCCCCUGUCCCGGGCGCAGCAUGCGACUGAGCGCUCGGCGGCUGCUGCUGGCGGCCGGCCUCACACUGGCCUUUGGGCUGGUCACCCACCUGGGGCAGCAGAUGCUAGCGUGCCAGCAGCUGCUGACCUCGGGCCGCAACCGCGGCGUGAUGCGGCCUGAGCAGGAGGAACUGGUGAUGCUGGGCGCCGACCGUGUGGAGUACCGCUACAGCAAGGAGAUGCCCCUGAUCUUUGUGGGGGGCGUGCCCCGCAGCGGGACCACCCUGAUGCGGGCCAUGCUGGACGCCCACCCGGAGGUGCGCUGCGGGGAGGAGACGCGGAUCAUCCCCCGUGUGCUGGCCAUGCGCCAGGCCUGGUCGCGCUCCGGGCGGGAGAAGAUGCGGCUGGACGAGGCCGGGGUCACGGACGAGGUGCUGGACGCGGCCAUGCAGGCCUUCAUCCUGGAGGUCAUUGCCAAGCAUGGCGAGCCGGCCCGCGUGCUCUGCAACAAGGACCCCUUCACCCUCAAGUCCUCCGUCUACCUGUCCCGCCUCUUCCCCAACUCCAAGUUCUUGCUCAUGGUGCGGGACGGGCGGGCGUCCGUGCACUCCAUGAUCACCCGCAAGGUGACCAUCGCCGGCUUCGACCUCAACAGCUACCGGGACUGCCUGACCAAGUGGAACAAAGCCAUCGAGGUCAUGUACUCUCAGUGCCUGGAGGUGGGCCGUGCCAAGUGCCUGCCCGUCUACUACGAGCAGCUGGUGCUGCACCCCCGACGCUCCAUGCAGGCCAUCAUGAACUUCCUAGGGAUCGCCUGGAGCGAGGCCGUGCUGCACCACGAGGACCUCAUCGGCAAGCCGGGGGGCGUCUCCCUGUCCAAGAUAGAGAGGUCAACCGACCAGGUCAUCAAACCUGUGAACCUGGAAGCUCUGUCCAAAUGGACCGGCCACAUUCCAGGAGACGUGCUGAAGGACAUGGCCCGGAUUGCCCCCAUGUUGGCCAGGCUCGGCUAUGAUCCCUAUGCAAAUCCGCCCAACUAUGGCAAUCCUGACCCCCUUGUCAUCAAUAACACAAACCGGGUCAUGAAAGGAGAUUUUAAAACACCAGCAAAUCUGAAAGGACAUUUACAGGUGAAUCCAAACACCACCUCUUCUCACUUACGAAGCGAAUGAUUCCAGGGCUCUGCAAAUGGCUUUUCAUUUAACAACCAGAGAAGAAAGUUUGCAGCUGACUGGGAAUCGGAUCUCCAAGCAUAUUGCUUGCUAUUCUCACCAAUUCAGGACCACUCUACGGGGAACGUCUUUGCAUUUCUUUGCAAAAUCCUCCGAUCUUUGAAACUUCCUGGGGAAAAAUGAAAAUGAAAACAAAACAAAAAAAAUCUCAAUUCUGUCCCUCACCGGGAGACUCUGUAGAGGAGAGAACCUGGGGGGAAAAACUCAGGUUUCUCAAUGUAGACCUUUUAUAUUGAUUUCGUCAACUUGAGAAUUUUUUUUUUAAUUGUAUCCGGAAUGGUCUCUCUGUUCUCCUCGGAUUUCAAAACUAAAAGGGGCUGGUUUGGAGGCCUUAGUCAUCAAAGGAAGCCCCGCAACAUGGGCCACCAUCAUCCUUCCCUGGUUGAGAAAUUUCAGAAACUUAUUUAAGAAUUUAAUAUUAUGGGGCAGUUUGGAUACAUUUGAUCACUUUAUUUCCCAUAAAUAAAAUAUUGUUUUAAUACCAAGA